CAAAGUUCCAACUCAAGAUCAAAAUAUUGGACUCCCAAAUUGAAUUGAUUUUCUUCUCACAAACCGAAAAUGAACUCCAAAUGGAUCCUAUCCGUAAAUUCCCCACCCGCCCGAAUUCCCCACUUGUUAUUACUCCUCCUCAUGGCGACCUUCUCCCUCUCUCGCUCUAUCCAAUCCCAAUCAGGACUCUGCUUCGUUAAGCCCUAUUUCCUCCGACCCCAUUCUCUAACUCGCCCCAAAACUCCUCUCAAAUCCCGACCUUGUCCCCUCUGGUCUGCUUCCUUCUCCGUCUGCCUUCUUCACGCCCGCGCUCGCCGCUCUUUUUCCGAGCCAAUCAGAGGCAAGCAGUGUAGGGUCACCCUCCGAUCAACUCCAUCCGCCCGAUAUUUCUGCGUUUCAGCUUCAUCCGCGGCGGCGAACAUGGCGGACGUCGAGAGCAAUCCUCUGCUAAAGGACUUCUACUUCCCGCCGUUCGAUUCAAUCGAGGCCAAGCACGUCCGUCCCGGCAUCCGCGCCUUGCUUGAGAAAUUGGGAAAUGAUCUGGAGGAACUGGAGAGGACGGUGGAGCCAUCGUGGCCAAAGCUGGUAGAGCCGCUGGAGAGGAUUGUGGACCGGCUGGCUGUGGUCUGGGGUGCUGUUUCGCAUCUCAAGUCUGUCAAGGAUAACGCUGACCUACGUGCAGCCAUUGAAGAAGUCCAGCCGGAAAAAGUGACAUUUGAGCUUAAGCUAGGUCAGAGUAAGCCAAUUUAUAACGCCUUCAAGAGUAUCAGAGAAUCUUCCGACUGGGACAAGCUGAGUGAUGCCCGCAAACGUAUAGUUGAAGUCUUAAAACUUUACUUUUCAUUUGGUCUUAUGGUGUUACUUGCCAAACUGACUCUUGCAGCACAAAUAAAGGAGGCUGUUUUGAAUGGUAUUGCACUUGAAGAUGAUAAAAGAGAGGAGUUCAACAACAUUGAACAGGAAUUGACCAAACUAUCCCGAAAGUUUGAGGAGAAUGUUUUAGAUUCAACAAAGAAAUUUGAAAAAUUAAUAACCGACAAAAAAGACAUUGAAGGUUUGCCAGAUACAGCUCUUGGGUUGGCUGCUCAAACAGCAGUGUCCAAGGGACAUGAAAAUGCUACUGCACAGACAGGACCUUGGGUAAUAACAUUGGAUGCCCCAAGUUAUAUGGCUGUGAUGCAGCAUGCUAAAAAUAGAACUUUACGAGAGGAAGUCUAUCGUGCCUAUAUAAGCCGUGCUUCUAGUGGUGAUCUUGACAAUACUGCAAUCAUUGACCAAAUUUUGAAGCUUAGGUUGGAAAAGGCUAAGCUUCUUGGCUAUAAUAACUACGCAGAGGUAAGUAUGGCUACCAAGAUGGCAACUGUUGAAAAGGCAGAAGAACUACUUGAAAAACUUCGCAGUGCAUCCUGGGAUCCUGCAGUUCAAGAUAUGGAGGAGCUCAAACAUUUUGCAAAGAAUCAAGGUGCUCACGAAGCUGAUGACUUAAAUCAUUGGGACACCAGCUUCUGGAGUGAGAGACUUCGUGAAUCCAAAUAUGAAAUAAAUGAGGAAGAACUGAGACCUUACUUUUCAUUGCCUAAAGUUAUGGAUGGCCUUUUCAGUCUCGCAAAUAGGUUGUUCGGUGUCAACAUUGAAGCAGCUGAUGGUUUAGCUCCUGUUUGGAUGAGUGAUGUUCACUUUUACCGGGUCAAAGAUUCUUUAGGCAGUCCAAUUGCGUAUUUCUACUUUGAUCCAUAUUCUCGUCCCUCUGAAAAACGAGGUGGUGCAUGGAUGGAUGAAGUAGUUGGUCGAAGUCGAGUCCUGUCACAAGAUGGUUCCUCCCCUAGGUUGCCUAUUGCUCACAUGGUAUGCAACCAAAUGCCACCCGUUGGGGACAAGCCAAGUCUUAUGACUUUUCGAGAGGUUGAGACCGUCUUCCAUGAAUUUGGCCAUGCUCUUCAGCAUAUGCUGACGAAGCAGGACGAGGGAUUGGUUGCUGGUAUAAGGAAUGUUGAGUGGGAUGCUGUGGAACUACCAUCCCAGUUCAUGGAGAAUUGGUGUUAUCAUAGAGAUACGCUUAUGAGUAUUGGUAAACAUUAUGAAACUGGAGAAAGUAUUCCAGAGGACAUAUAUGAAAAGCUUCUUGCUGCUAGAACAUUUCGUGCUGGCUCUUUUAGCCUUCGACAGCUUAGGUUUGCCACUCUUGAUUUAGAGUUGCACACAAAGUAUGUCCCUGGUGGCCCAGAGUCCAUCUAUGACGUUGAUCGUAGGGUUGCAGAAAGAACACAAUUACUUCCUCCACUUCCAGAUGACAAGUUCCUUUGCAGUUUCAGUCAUAUAUUUGCUGGUGGAUAUGCUGCUGGAUACUACAGCUACAAGUGGGCUGAGGUUUUGUCGGCAGAUGCAUUUUCAGCAUUUGAAGAUGUCGGAUUGAAUGAUGACAAGGCUGUUGAGGAAACGGGCCAUAGAUUCCGAGAAACUGUACUUGCUCUUGGAGGUGGAAAAGCACCAUUAGAGGUUUUUGUGCAGUUCCGUGGGCGUGAACCUUCACCUGAGGCGCUGCUAAGGCACAAUGGCUUAUUGCAGUUCACACACACACACGCACAACCGGCGGCACCACAGCGCACACCACCGCCCGUCGCCUCCGUCCGACCCGUCGCCACCAUCCCCAACCACCAUCACCGACCGGCCGUCGCGCACGUCCAACUCGCCAUCGCAGAUCCCAAUCUCAGCCGUUGCGACUCCUCAUCCCAGCCACCGCGGCUCCCCAUCCCAGCCACCGUGCCACCCAGCCCAAUCGCCGCCGUCAAAUCAGCAAUCCAGACUGACAGAGACGAGGCGGCGAGCCGGCGGACGAAGGCUAUGCAAGACGGCUCCCCACCCCCGCCACCGUUACCGGCCCCGACGUCUGUCACGCUUCAAACUUCCAUCGCCGUUCGACGCACCACAGAUUGGUAUACCCACUCGAAAUAUCUCCGACGACCGUCCAGAUCCAAUUAUCUGUCACCAUCACCCACCGCACUUCAGCCAACCCCCGCCGCUCGCCGCGCCACAGAAGACCUAGAACAAUAUAUUCUCCGGCGAUUUGCGACGAUUUAG